AUUGUUGUAAUGCGGCGAGUGUGAAUUAAAAUUCAGACAACAAUAUGAAUAUGCACUUAAUAAUUUAUGAAACAAACAUUGAGUACAUCUUAAACCAUAAAUAGAGCAACUACCAAUGGUGUCACUAUCUCCAUCUCCAUCUAUAGUCUCCACCACCUCCUCUAUCACCAUCAUCACAUUUUACUCUCCCAUCUUUUUCUCCAUAGCAUCAUCUUCAUUUUAGAAAUCAAUUAUCUCCACCUCCUUCUUAAUCUCCACGUUUUCCAUGAUCAGACUAAAAUUGGUGUCUUGGCCCCAGAACAUGAUAUCUGCAUUAUUUUUGUUUUUACUGUUUAAUUUGUCAAUAAUUCCGAGACAAAAAUCCUCCCACUUGUUGAAUCAAGUCAAUUAUUUACAUAUCUACUAUUAUCCACAAACAAUCAUAGUUUCCCAAUAUAAAAAUCUAAGAUGUAUCUGAGGCUCUCCAAAAUUUGUUAGGAGGCUAUCAGGUUUAUGCUAUUGAGCCACUCACCACUUCAUGCAGCAAGCCUAAUAGUGUUGGGCAUGAGGAGUGUGUUAAGAAAUAUCACAUCGAAUAUAAGAUGACCUAAUGUGUGAAUUUAUAAAGUAAAUGCAAUCUUCAUCUUACAAGUCGGAUUUAUAAGAAUAAAUUCAGUUCAAUAUAAAAACCUAAGAGUAAAUUUCUCAAUAAAUCUAAGAGUAAAUUCACAACAAUAUCUAUUAUCUCCACCUCCUUCUUAAUCUCCGCGUUUUCCAUGAUCAGACUAAAAUCGGUGUCUUGCUAUCUGCAUUAUUUUUGUUUUUAUUGUAUAAUUUCUCAAUAAUUCUAAGACAAAAAUCCUUCCACUUGUUGAAUCAAGUCAAUUAUGUACAUAUCUACUAUUAUAUAUCCACAAACAAUCGUAGUUUCUCAAUAUAAAAAUUUAAGAUGUAUCUAAGACUCUCCAAAAUUUGGUAGGCCACAUGCUAUCAAGUUUCUGCUAUUGAGCCACUCACCACUUAUAUUCAUGCCGCAAGCUUAAUAGUGUCGGGCGUGAGGAGUGUGUUAAGAAAUAUCACAUCGGAUGUAAGAUGACCUAAUGUGUAAAUUUAUAAAGUACAGGCAAUCCUUAUCUUAUAAGAGGGUUUUAUAAGAAUGAAUUAAGUUUAAUAUGAAAAUCUAAGAGUGAUGUUCCUUUCUUCUACUUCUCUCAACAUUCAUUAGGUUACCAUGUCUCUCACAAUGGCAGAAUCAUGGUUACUCUCUCAACAUUCACUCUUGUACACCAAAACCAAAUUUCCAAUUAUCUCAAACUCAAAUUCUGUUAAGCCCUUCAAGCUACAAAACCUAUCAUCAUGUAACAAGAAUUCUUCAACGUUUUCGCCCUCUCUCCCUCUAACUACUAGAAGGAGAAGAACCCGCCAUUCUUCUCUUCUCACAUUUGCCGUUGGUGCAGUUGGAAAUUCAUCUCAAGAUUUGAAGAUUUUCAUCGGAAAUUUAACUUCUGAUAUUAAUGUUGACAAAUUAACCGCGCUUUUUGGCCAGGCGGGGAUUGUAGUGCAUGCUGAGGUAAUUUAUACUUGGGAUAUAAACCAAAGGUUCGGAUGUGUAACCAUGAGUACUAUCGACGAAGUUGAGAAGGCUGUUAACAAGUUCGACGGCUAUGAAUUAAAUGGAAAAUUGUUGACAGUUAGUACUACGGAUGAUCCAAGAAAAGCACAGCCUGAUCUUCCAUCGCGUCCACAUGCAUUCGUUACAGUGUCUACGUUAAUAGCUUGACGCGGGAAAUUGACAAUGCUCGCUUAGAGGAAAUUUUCAGCAAAUAUGGUAAGGUGGAGAGUGUUGAGAUAGUCCGCGACAAAGUGACCGGUCAAACACGUGGUUUUGGCUUUGUUACAAUGUCGAAUGAGACUGAUAUGAAAAAUGCCAUUGCUGGUCUGCACAAAAAGAUGGACAUGGGAGACAGAAAAUUGAUGGUUUCUGAGUUACCACGUAACUUGUAAUGAAUGGAAGAAAUUUUGACUUUAAAAGUCAGUGUUGUGUGAUUUUUAUUUUUUUUAAUGGCUGAAGAUACAAUUUCAAUUUACUAUUUUAAAAUAUUUCUAUUUUUAUAUU